ACCUAAUGCUAUCCACUUUUCUCCGGCACUGGACGAGUACAGUUUCUAAACAAGUAAAUUUAGAACACUGGACUGAUACUUAUCUUUGUACGAGCCUUAGAAAUAGAAGAUAACUUGAAUAGUCAGUAUGUAACAACAACAGACGAUGUACCGAAUCUAAUGGAACACUUUAUCCAGUACACUCCCAGUUCUAAAGCAAGGUAAAGUUGAAUGUUGAUAUAAAACAACCCAGGAAGAAACCCAAGGAACGUAGAAAUAUGAAAUGAAGUCUACCAACCAUUGCUUAGCUAACAUUACAAAUGUAUCAAUCAAACAAAACCUUUUAGAACACACGACAGUGUAUACAUUACAUUAUCAACUUUGGGAUGUGAAGCAGACGUGAAGAAAAAACAACACAUUGUGCUUGCACCCCGACUCGUCCACUCGGGUCAGCUGAUUAGUAAAACAAUGCAGGACGAAGGUUUUGAUACGUUAACACAUGGAGCCUAAGGAAGUAAAAGUCAAUUGAAAGAAAUAGAUUUUAAAAAAAGCUGAUGUUGAAUGAAAUUACAUCGACGAUUUUGAAUUAAUCAUGUGAUGUGAAUGUAUGGAAUUCCUUAAGACUAUGUUUUUUUUAUAUAGAAUUAGACUAACAAUUACAAAGUUGUGAUAUUAGAAAUAUUUGUAAGAAUUGUUUUUGUUUAGUUUAACAUUCAUGCCUAUAUCAUGCUCAGUGUUAUAUGGUCCAUCAAAUGUUGUAAACCAGUUGAGGGGUGGGAGUAUCUGAGACUUAGUUUUCCACGCUGCCUUUUCAAGCUGCUCGAGUCUGAAUUCCAACUCGAAGUCUCGAGCCUCCACAAGAACUAUACAGUAUGAUUUGCUGCGGGAUUGAAAGGUUGAUUAUUUACUUUCUGUUUCUUCAAAAACUAGAGACCAACAUUGGUGAAGCCAAGUUCUUUACUUCGGCUCAAUCAAAGCCAUUGAACCCCACUGGACACUUUAUGAAAGGUGUCGGCUUCUGUCAUGUGAAUGUCGUAGAGAGCCAAACAUUGAUUGACUGUUCGGGUCGUUCUUUACAAUACAUAGACAGGGAAUGGUUCCCAGAGAACACAACUGAGCUAAUGUUACAAAGUAAUCUCUUGACAAUUGUACCCAAUAAUACGCUAAAUCAUCUGUGUAAACUAGAAAGAUUGAGUCUUCAGGAUAACUUGUUGACGUUUAUCGAACACAAAGCUUUCCUGGGCCUCAAGAGUUUACAGUAUCUUAAUUUAGAAAAUAAUUAUUUAGAUUUGUUUCGCUUGCCGGUGGAUACAUUUUGUAAUUUAAGAAGUCUUACAGAACUACUCCUGUUGCAAUCAGAAGAUUUGUAUUCUAGCAACGACCAAACGUCGACUUUGAAAAAGCAUCUCCACAAUGGAAGUUUCCCUGAUCAAAUGUUUGGUCACCUACACAAUUUGACCACGUUAUCUAUUAGCGUCAUCAGUUAUAGUCUGUACUUUAAUGAAGAAUUUAAUCAUUUUCAAAAUUUAACAAACUUGACCAUUUCUGGUCAAGUGAGCAACAUUCCCGAGGAUAGUUUUCAACAUGUCAGAGUUGUGCAGAAAUUAACUCUGUACCUUUGCACUGGGUUAAACAAUGUCAGCGACUUGGCUCUAAGUGCUUUUUCAAACUUAAAAAGUGUUAUUUACGAGAAAAAUGAGUUCAGUCUACAUGCGGCAUUCAACACACUACGUCCAUUAGUUGGAACCGAAGUUACGUAUCUACGAUUUGAACGCGUUAGAGUGGCCAGACAGAUCUACUCAUCAUUAAGCACAAAAGAUGGUCUCCUAAAUGAAAACAGCACCCAGUUCUUAAAGCAGAUAUGUCUACAAGAACUCAAUUUGAUUAAUAACGGUAUUUUAGUCAUUUUUCGUGGAGCAUUAACGAGUCCAACUUUAGAUAGAUGUUUGAAAAAACUUUCCAUUUCUGAAAGAGACUUAUUCGGCACUUCAUGGGCACUUGCUGAUGUUUUAAAAUUGAAUAAUCUCAAGGAGCUGUCAAUUGAAGGAUCCCCUUCUUGUGAUGAUGAUUCCACAAAAAGAUUAGUAAGAUAUUAUCCAUGGACCGAGUCUGAAGCACUACAACUUUUCUCUAGCGAUGUUCAGAUACUAACGAAUGCUACUUCCAAUAACGCACAUCUCUUGUAUGCUGGUUCCCUCAGUUCUUUUAACACUAAGAACUAUUACAGUGAAUCUCAAUAUGGUAUUACAAUAUUUAUUUCCCCUUCUAUUGAGACUAUCGAGCUAUCUUCAUUGUUUGGUAUUGUCAGCCUGGAUGUCAAGGUCACAGUUUACGGAGCACAGAAUGUGCACACGCUUCUCAUGCUUGAUGACGGCAUCAAAAUGGUGACUGUCCCAGUUGAUGGCUUAUCAAGUAUACGAACAAUGCAGUUUUCUAACAAUAAUUUGUCUACGUUAUCUAUCCAUUUUUUUAACGCUUAUCCAAGUCUGGAAAUUCUUGUUCUAGAUAACUGUAGACUGGUCAGUUCUUUCAUGUCUCAGUUCAGUUCUCAUCUUUUCCAAAAUCUUUCCAGACUUCAACUUUUAGACCUAUCGUCCAAUUCUCUGGAUGUUUUAGCCCUCCAUACGUUCUCUGGAAAUCCCGAAUUGACAACUCUGAACUUAGCCUCGAACCGAUUCCGUGACAUACCAUUCGAUCUGAAUCUGACACCGAAACUAAAUUCUCUUGAUCUAAGACUGAAUGUCAUUACUACUAUAUCGACGACGGACAGAGACGUCUUGGAAAGAAAUAAAGAAAGAUUAGGGUAUUUUGAGAUAUUGCUGUCGGGAAAUAUCUUUUCAUGUGGCUGUGAUAAUCUUCUGUUUCUACAGUGGAUUCGUUUGACUACUAUACAGUUAGAUGACAACAGAAACUACACAUGUAUUAACAAGGAUGGAGUGUUGACAUUCACUCUGGUCUAUGGAGACCUUGAUGGACUUUGGCGUCAAUGCUGGGGUCAGUUUUUCUUCAAUGUUUCUGUUGUCCUUAUGUGUGUUUUAUUUAUUGGAUUCCUAGUCACUUUUCUAUGGAUGAAAAAUAAGACGCUGAUAGUCUCAAAGGUUCUUCAAAUGUUUACAAACUUGAAACUGAAAACUGUGUCGGACUAUCGCUACGGAGUGUUUCUUGGCUAUGCAGACUCAGAUUAUCAAUUCGCUUGUUCGGAACUGAGAGCAUUUAUUGAGAGGGAUCUCAAAUUAACUACUUUUGUCCGGGACAGGGACCUUUUACCAUCUAUCUCUAUAGCUCAUGGAAUCAUGGAGGCUAUGCACUGUAGUUGGAGAAUACUUCUAGUAAUCAAUGAAAGCUUCAUUGAUCAAAACGAUUGGUUCCUGUUUACAGUGCGAUCAGCCGUCUUCUCGAUCAGUCCAACUAAUCCAUCUCGCGUGGUCAUCCUAGUCGAAAAGAAUUACCUUAACAAACUACCGUCAGAACUCUUCAUCUCAGUGCCUGAAGACAAUGUUAUUGUUUUAUCAGAAUGGAAGAUGUCUUAUAGACUUGAAGAGACAUUAAGAACACGACUGAUGUAACAAGACAGCUCGUUUUAAAAGUGUGACGUAACGAACGGAUCUUGCACUUCGUGGAGAAAACCUUGACCCUUGUUGUAGUUUUGAAGAAACCUUUAGAUUUUAAAACUAAUUCAUUGUAAUUGCAGGAUGAGAAGAUGAUUCAAGACAUCUUACAACCAAACACAUUUCUGAAUGUCUAGUUCUAUCAUACAACAAACUCUUGUCAAAUCGCUAAUUAGCAAUAUCCUUUCCCUUGAACAUGAAGAUGAACACAAUCUUACUGCAUAUGAACUACAUUGUCUAGUGAAAGUGUGCACAAAAGUAAUGGUAAGAUAGAUCAAGUAUAGUGUUUCUCUUUUUCACUGCUUCUUGAUCAAAUGGUGCAUAAGUAGACUUAAAUACAAUUUCAUAAGUGCAAUGUGUAAAAUCUGCAGUGUUAGGCGAAAUAUACUCCCGACGAGUGUUAGGUGAAAUAUACACACCCCGAGUGUUAGGUGAAAUAUACUCCCGGCGAGUGUUAGGUGAAAUCUACACACCCCGAGUGUUAGGUGAAAUCUACACAACCCGAGUGUUAGGUGAAAU